AUCUUGGUGCUGCUUCCCUGGGGUCCGAGGGGUGCGCACUCCCCAAGGACCUUGGGGCCGAGCUCUAGGGCUUGUUCAGGAGCCGGGGAAUGCCCAAAGUCAAGGCGGCUUCCCCUUCCAAGCCCGUACCCCGCUUUGGUCAGGCUUAUUCCUUGUUGCCGAUGCCUUCAAGCUUAAUGCUCGCUAGCUCAGAUGGGAGAGAAGUGUGGAGGGGAGGGUGGCAGCCACAGUCCCGUCACAGGUCUAUUCAUAAAUCCAUGGGCUGCGUCCCCUGUCUCCUUGAGGGCUCCCCACCCAGGAAGCCGCUUGUCUCGUCAGACCCGUCUUGGCUCUGGGAGGGUUGGGAAGCCGGACCUAUCUCUGGCUUUUUGCCUUUGACAAUAUGGCCACCCAGGGCCCUGAGGCUCUCCAGCAGCUGCUGCUACUAUUUCUGGGUGAGCAACCCCCUCCCCCCCAAUACCUACAUCCUUAGCCCCAUGUUAAAUGGGAAAGCCUUUAGCUAGACCCCUGUGGGUGACCCUUUUUGGUUCUUCUCUGUGGGAGACUAGAGGUAUCCUCAUGACCUCAGAGCUGAGGGUGUUGUCUCAAGGACUUUCGUCAGUAAGAGACAUCCCGGCAUGGGACCUAGGCGGCAUCUCGGACUUUGGCCACUCUUCUCCAGGAGGGCCCCUAACAGUGUUUAGCUUUCUUCCCCAUCCGUUGGGAAGGGGGUGAGGGAAGCAGGAAGGGGAGACUCCCCCUGGUGCGUUUUUCUCUUGCCUUUGAAAGCCCUUUCUCUCUUUCUCUGAGCUCCCUUCUCUACAGACUUAACAAUUGGGGGGAACAUCUUCUCUCAAAGUCUCCUUGGACCCUUGACUGUCGGAGUGUUUCCCAACCCCCUGGGAUCUGUCCAUCUGAGGAGCUUCUUUCCGUGGGAUAGAAUCCGUAGCUCAGCAGGGCUCCCACUUACUCCCCUCACCCAGCUUUCCCACUGUCCUCUCUCUCCCAAAUAAAAUCCAGUUUCAGGCGCCGGAACGUCACCUCCUGCAGCUCUUGGCAGAAUGUCACCUUCCGUGCCCCCUCUUGGUCAAGGACCGCCCAUCUCCCGCCUUAGCGCAGCCCCCCGCAUGAGCGUCUCCUCUCCCAGCGACUUUCGUGGGAGUGAAAAAGUCGUUUCGAAUGAAAUAGCCGCGCCCCCCGCGGGGAGCACCCCCUCUCCUGGCGCUCCCACAGUUCAGUACUUGAGAGUCCCUCCCGGAUGGUCCGGCCCGCGGCUUGCUGGGGAUCCCUUGUCGGUGCUCGUGGGUUCUCCCAUCUCCUUACGAUUACUCCCGGCUCCUGCCCUGGGCCCACCCAGUCCGCUCGUAAUUUGGCGUCGGGGACCCACGGUGCUGGCGGCUGGGACUCUGGGGAGCGAAGCCGCCCCGCCCAGCCUAGCCCCAGGCUACCGGGCCCGGCUCAGCUUUGACCAGGUCUCGGGGACUCUGGAUCUGGAGUCGGCAGAACUGGCUGACAGCGGGCGCUACACUGCCGAGGUGAUUCACGCGGGGCGCGAACGGGAGCUCCAGGAGGUCACAGUCCACGUCUAUGAGCCCGUGCCACAGUUAGCGGUGGCCCCCGCGGACCCAGUGACGGAGGAGGGGGCGUCGGAGCUGCGGCUGCGCUGUGUGGGGGCCGGGCCGGGCCAGGGCCGACUCAGCUGGAGUCGGGGAGGGCGGCCCCUGGAAGCGGGAAGCGGAGACGGUGAGGAUCCCGCUCGCCUGAGGAUCGAGGGAGCCGACCUGGUCAUCGCACGUCUAAAGCGGACAGAUCAGGCCAACUACACGUGCCGCAUUCAGAGCCCCUUCGGGGCCAGCGAAGCCACGGCGGCUGUCACCGUCCUGUACGGCCCGGAUCCCCCGGUGAUCACCGUCUCCUCCGACCGCGACGCCAGCCCGGCCCGCUAUGUCUCGGUGGGCAGCAACGUGACCCUGCGCUGCGAUGUCGCUUCCAGGCCCCCCGCCGAGCUGUCCUGGAGCCUGGCAGACCCACGAGAGGCCGCCGUGCCCGCGGGGCCGCGCCUCCUCCUGCCCGGCGUGGGGCCGGCCCACGCAGGAGCCUAUGCCUGCCUCGCGGCCAAUCCACGCACAGGACUCCGGCGCCGCGGGUUGCUCAACCUCACCGUGGCCGCCCCGCCUCCCGGCUCCCCGCGCUGCUCCCUGCAAGGCUCCCCGGCCGACCGGACCCUGCUCUUGGCCUGCACGUGGCCAGGAGGCGUCCCCGGAGCCUCGGUGCAGUGGAGCGGGCUGCCUCCGGACGUCCGCGCGAGCCCCGAGCUCUCCUCGACGCUCGUCUCGCUUCCAGUGCGGCCGCAGCUCAGCGGAGUCACCUUCACGUGCCUCGGGCGUCACCUCGCGGCCGCGAGGAGCUGUAGCAUCACCCUUAAGGCUCCCCAGGAAGUGCUGCUGAGGCUGGAGACGGGGGAGUCCAGGUCUGAGGAGGCCGUGGUGGCCCUGGAGGCCACAGGCUGCCCCCCGCCAGCCAGGGUGGCCUGGGCGCGAGAGGGCCGCCCGCUGGCUCCCGGGGGCGGGGGCCGCCUGAAGCUGAGUCCUGAUGGCCAGAGGCUUCUCUUUGGCAACUUCAGCUUGGAGCACGACGUGGGGAACUACUCUGUGCUGUGCAGCGGGCCCCUGGGGGCCGGCGGGGACCGGAUCACCCUCAUCGGGCCUUCCAUCUCCUCCUGGCGGCUGCAGCCUGCCGACGGGGCGGCCGUCCUGACGUGGGACGUGGAACGCGGCUGCGUGGUCAGUGGCUUUGAGGUUCAGGCGCGGACCGAGAAACCAGAACCGGGCGCCACGGGCCUGACCGGAGGGGCCUGGACGUCCUUGCUGCUCCUGGGGCCCGGGGAGCGCUCUGCUGUGGUGCUCCUGCCCUCGCAGCCCCCGGGGCCCUGGAAACUUCGAGUCCUGCCCACCCUGGGGGGCCAGCCUGGGACCCCUUCGUCCAGCCGGAGCUACCGAGCCGGUCCCGUCCUGGGCCCCGGGGCCAUUGCCGGCAUCGUGCUGGGCUCCUUGCUGGGCUUGUCUCUCCUUGCAGCCCUGCUGGUCCUGCUUGGAUGCUGCGCCUGUCGGUUAUGGGGAAGCAGAAAGAAGAAGCCGCUGAUCUCCCCCCCAGCGUCCUCCACCCCCGAGAAGACAUGGAGUGUAACCUCGGUGGGGGCCCCACAACCUUCCCCCCAAGCUUUCGCCACAGAACCCAGUCCAUCCCGGGCUUGUCCGGUGGUGGUCCCCAGCCAGGCCACUUCCGCCAGCCCCAAGGGAGUCCCCCGAACGGUGCGGUCGGCCACGCAGGUGUGAACCAGAGCGGCCCGUGGGGGCCUGAGAACACGAAGCUGCCCGGGGCUCACCCCGGCCGAACAUGAAGGACCGUGGCCUUGCACCACUGAGCUCGGCUCGCUGAUUUGCACAAUGGAAGCCCGGGGUCUCAAGUCUCAUGAUUCCACCCAGUCCCCCAAGAGGGAGACUUUCCCACCUUUCCCACCUGGAGAAUGGAGCUAAGAAAUCGGCCAGGGAAGACUUCCUCUCGGGCAGUGCACGUUCUCAUGCAAGCGCAGGACUGAUUGCUCAUGGGGGAUGGGGGGGACUUUCUGAUCCGGCGUGGUGGAGGGCAGGACUUCCCAUACAGCUGCUUGUGGGUUGGUGGCUGUUUGUGUGUGAGGGAACCGUUGUGGACAGCAGCGAGGAAUAAAACAGCUGUGUGGACC